AUGACAGUAAAAUUAAAAAAGGCCCCUGCGUACACGGGAGUGGAUGUCGUUUUCACUAUCCGACGCAUCACUUUCCAAGCCACCCGAUUUUCCUGUGUCGUCCAGCAUCUUCCCUGUGAUGUAGCAAGAGAAGUAAAAGAUCUUUUGGAAGAAAUUCCCAAGAAAAAUCCCCAUGACGCCCUUCGUGUGGCCAUCAUCAGGAGGACAGGGAAGUACGCAGACAAAACGCUACGGGAUUUAUCCACCUCUGUCAAACUUGGUGACAGAUCGCCAUCACAACUGCUUCGCCACGUGCGCAGUCUUCUCUGUGGACGUAAGCUAGCGGUGGAAAUCAUGGCCCAGUCAUGGCUCGACAAACUUCCACCCUCCAUGUCACACGUCAUCAGUGCUUUCUUUGAUGACCACAGCUUGGAGCAGCUAGCCCAAAUGGCCGAUAAAAUCCAUGAACCCUAUCCCAGUGACCUCGCAAAACCCGUCUCCCGCCGUGCGCCCACUACUUCUACAGAUUGCGAUCGGAUUCUUGCUUCCAUAUCGCAACCACAAGCUAAGUUUUAUACUUUGACCGAACGCGUACAACGGCUGGAGUUCAACAAGCAUCGACCACGUUCACGUUCCCGACCGUUGUCUCGUGCCUGUCCUUCUUGGUGCUGA